AUGUUGAUCAGUGUCCGGUACUGUUCCAACUUUGUUUGGCGGCGGCUAACUGUGAACAGCAGCAACCCUCGGGCCAUGAGCCUGCCGUUCUUGAUGCUCAGGUUCCAGCAAGUGCUCCAAAUGACGGGAGCGGAGCUGAAUCCAGAAGCAGAGAUCUUCAGGUUUUGCCUGCCCCAGGUGGGUGCAGCAAGCGGCGCACCGAACAAGGCCGACCCGCCAAGCAAGCGUCCGCGACAGGACACCCAGAACAGGCGCGGCCAAAGGCGACCCUUCGCGCCUUCUUUGCCGUCCGCCCCUGCCGGGCAGUCGGACUCGAUCCAGACGAUGGCCCGGAUGCUCAUGCGACAGGAGGAGAUCAUCGCCGAGCUCCGCAUGGACAAGACGCUGAUGCUUUACUUCCGGGAGGACGACGUCAGCGUGCUGCCGGGACUCUACCAGGUGGCGAAGGAAUGGGGGAAACAGCAGGAGGAGGGCACAAGUCAGACUACGUCGCCCAUCCGCACCUUGCUGCUAGCAUGUCUCAUUCAGCAGCUCCGGGACAGAGUCCACUACAUGACGGCGGGCCCCGAGGGGAUCACAAAGCUGCAGGCCAAGAAAUUGGUACAGCACCCGGAGGCGGGCGUGAUGAGCAACCAGGACCUUCUCGCCAAGCUCGACUUCCUGUUGGCCAACCUGAAGGGCGAGGUGAUCCACAAGUUUCAUUCGACAAAGAGGCUGCAAGCCUUAGAGGACGAACAGGCUACAACAGCUGCUUUCUUUCUCUCGGUGAGCCUCAGAGGGACGGUGGCGACUCAAGUGCACGAAACCUUUGUGCAGCUGAUCGGCGUCUCGGCCCUACAGCUCGUGGGGCUGUCUAUGAAGCGGGCCACCCUCCGGAGGCCGCAGUUGGCUCAACAAGUGGCACGCAUUGCUUACGGGCGCUAG